AUGUUUCAUCCGGCUGCUGUUGGAGUGGACGGUCGGGUCAACUUGUUUGUCGGCAAUCUGCCCUACCGCGUCCGCUGGCAAGACGUCAAAGACCUCUUUCGUCGAGCAGGAACCGUUCUCCGGGCGGACGUCGCUCUAGAUCCUCAGUCCAACCGAUCCCGCGGUCACGGAUCCGUCCUCAUGGGUAGCCAAGAAGACGGGAUCAAGGCGAUCGAGAUGUUCAACGGGUAUGCUUGGCAGACGAGGGUCUUGGAGGUCCGACCGGAUAGGUUGCCACCAGAGUAUGAACCUCAUCCUUAUAUUCCGCCGAGCAGCUAUGGAAAUGCCAUGCCAGGGAGAGGAGGUGCGGGAGGUGUGCCGCUGAAUAUGAGUGGGAUGGCAAUGGGGAUGGGCGGGAUGAACGCGGGUCUCGGAGGCGCCGGAGGACGUCUUUCUUCAACUCUGUUGCCUUUCAACGCGUCAUGGCAGGAACUCAAGGACCUCUUCCGUACUGCUGGAGGCAAUGUCGUCAGGGCAGACAUCGCGCUUGGGCCAGACGGCCGGUCAAAGGGCUUUGGCAACGUGCUCUUCCAGAAUGAAGAAGACGCUGCCGUAGCCGUUCAAGCGUUCGACGGGUAG